AUGGCUGAAGAUGGAGACCAUAGUGAGAAAAAGAAAUCACACAAGAAGCGCCAUUCAGGCGUGAAAGCGGACAAGAAGAAAGCCAAAAACAAACCGACCGAUCGUACAAAAAACCCGAAAGGUUACGCUAUCUCAAAAGCACGUUCGGCUGAGAAGCGUUUCCGGCGCAAGGAAGACCUCACCACCAAAAAGCAGCACAUUCCACUCGUUGAUAAAACGCCCGAGGAACCCCCACCAGUGCUGGUGGCCGUGGUGGGCCCACCGAAGGUGGGAAAAACUACGUUGAUCAUGAAUUUGAUCAAAAACUUUACCAAGACGAACGUAAACAACGUAUGCGGCCCAAUCACGGUGGUGACGUCGAAGAAACGCCGAAUCACGCUGAUCGAGUGUAACAACGAUAUCAAUAGUAUGAUCGACAUUGCCAAGAGCGCCGAUCUGGUGCUGUUGAUGGUGGACGCAAGCUUCGGGUUUGAGAUGGAAAUUUUCGAGUUUCUCAACAUCUGCCAGGUGCACGGAAUGCCGAAGAUUAUGGGCAUCUUGAACCACCUGGACAUGAUUAAAAAAGCAAAGGCACUUAAAAUGCAAAAGAAACUGCUGAAGCACCGCUUCUGGACGGAGGUGUACGAUGGAGCUAAGUUGUUCUACCUUUCCGGACUUAUACACGGCGAGUAUCUGAAGAACGAGAUCCGCAACCUAGGGCGAUUUAUUUCGGUCAUGAAGUUCCGUCCGCUGGCAUGGCGCGGGGCACACAGUUACAUAAUUGCCGAUCGCAUGGAGGAUAUUACCAACACGGAACAGAUACGCCUGAACCGCAAGUGCGACCGAGAUGUCGUACUGUACGGCUACGUGCGUGGCGUUCCGUUGAAAAAGGAAAACAUGGUUCACAUUGCCGGCCUCGGUGAUAUGCAUAUCGACGAGCUGAACACCCUUCCUGAUCCGUGCCCUUUGCCAUCGGCUGAGAAGAAACGCAAUCUACUCGAAAAAGAGCGUCUCCUGUACGCGCCUAUGUCCGGCGUCGGUGGCAUAGUCUACGAUAAAGAUGCGGUUUAUAUAGAAUUGCAAGGAUCGCACAGCCAUAAGAAGGGACCCCCGAAAAACACAGAGCAGCAGCAGAUCGUUGAUUCGUUCAUCGGAAAGAAGGAAACUUUCGAUGUAACGAUCGAUAACCAGGAGUUCCGAUUGUUCAGCGAUGGAGACGUGAUCAAAUCCGGAGACUUUGUGGACAACGUGCGUAAACGUGGCAAUGAGUCUGAUGAGGAGGAAGAUGAUGAAGAACAGCAGGAGAGCGAGGAUGAUUCAGGUUUGGAAGAUUCGGGUGACGAAGCUUCUAGCGAAAAAGGAGGUCGUUUGGGAUGGAUUCCUGAGGAAACAGAUGAUGAAGAACACGGAGACGAAUCAGGAAGUGGCUCUGAUGACGAUGAUGAUGAUGAAGAUAUGCCGAAAGGCAGACGAACUGGUUACCUAUCAUCGGAUGAAGAAGAAGAAACAACUGGCGGGGCCACGAUGGCCUGGAAGGAUGGCUUGGCUGCAAGAGCACGCAAUGAGUAUCUGGAACGGCAGGCGACUACCAAGAAUCUUAUGAAGAUUGUUUACGGAGUGUUCAGCAAGGCUCAUCAGAGGGCGAAAGCGAAGGCAGCCCAGGAGGCGGAGGGCUCUUCCGGCGAUGAGGAGGACGAUGAACUGCUGGGAGGAAUAUUCAAAAACCUAACCCAGAAACAGGCGGAGCUACAGAAGAAAAAAUCGGUACAGGAUGUAGACGAGUGUUGCUUCUUUGAGGAGUACGGCGAUGGUGUACGCGAUUGGACGAAGGCUGAAAACAAAAACCUCAUCGCGAACUGUUUCGUAACGGGCAAAUGGAAGGCAUCUGAAGAUGCAGAGGAACUGCUAAAACUGGACGACAUGAGCGAUGGGGAUAGUGAUGUCUACGGAGAUUUCGAAGAUCUCGAAACUGGCGAAAAACAUGAAGCGACAAAAGAGAAGAACACCAAAAGUUUGAAGAGUGCUAGUGAAAAGCAAGAAGGAGAAGAACAGGGUGAAGAAUCCGCCCUGGGGAAGCGUAGAAUAACGAGAAUCGAAGAGAAGAACAUGUCUCGCGCUGAGUUGAUGGCGAAAAAGAUGAAGCUGAAAGCGAAGUUUGACUCCGAGUAUGACAAUCCGGAAAAGGACGAUCAUCACAUCGACGGCGAUCAUCAGUACUACGAAAAGCUGAAGGCAGACGCUCUGCGCCAGACGGAAUUGAACAAGAAGGAGUUUGCUAAUUUAGACGAGGACGUACGGCUCAACAUAGAGGGCCAUCGGGCGGGUCUGUACGUGAGAAUGAGUUUCCGUAGCGUGCCGUCGGAGUUUGUCCAGCAUUUUGACGCAAACUUUCCGAUCCUGAUCGGAGGUUUAAACAUGUCCGAGGAAAACGUUGGAUACGUUAGUUGCAAAGUGAAGAAACAUCGGUGGUACAAGAAAACGUUGAAGACGAGUGAUCCGCUGAUCAUUUCACUCGGCUGGCGAAGGUUUCAAACCAUACCGAUCUACGCCAAGGUGGAGGACGAUUUCAAGCAUCGAUAUCUGAAGUACACUCCGAACCACGUGACGUGCAGCAUGAGCUUCUGGGGGCCGGUAACGCCACAGAACACGGGCCUGAUGGCAAUUCAGUCGGUGGCGUACGAUCAAAGUGAGGUUCGCAAGCUUGGGUUCCGCGUGGCAGCGACCGGAGCGGUAAGCGAAACAGACAAGGCAGCCGACAUUAUGAAGAAACUCAAGCUGAUCGGUACUCCGAGCAAGAUCUACCAGAAGACGGCCUUCAUUCAAGGAAUGUUUACUUCGACUCUGGAGGUGGCCAAAUUCGAAGGGGCCAAGUUACGCACCGUUUCCGGCAUUCGGGGCCAGAUUAAACGGGCAUGCCCGCCGGAUGGAUCGUUCCGUGCGACGUUCGAGGAUCGUAUUAUGCUGAGCGACAUUGUGUUUUGUCGCACGUGGUUCAAGGUGAAUGUGCCGACGUUUUACGCACCGGUAACCAAUCUGCUUUUGCCACCAGAGCAAAAAGCCCAGUGGAUCGGCAUGAAAACAUUGGGCCAACUGAAGCGGGAAAAGAACCUGCAAUUCGAGGCAAAAGAGGACAGCUCGUACAAGCCGAUUGUGCGUGAAAAGUUGGCCUUCCGUCCGCUGGUUAUACCGAAGAACCUACAGAAGGCACUCCCGUACAAAGACAAACCGAAGCUGGGGCCAAUCAAAGCGAAAAAAUCAUUUGAAAGCGAAAGAGUGGCUGUGGUGAAUUCACCCCACGAACAAAAGGUUGCCAAAAUGAUGAAGAUGAUCAAAACUAACUAUAAGACCAAGCAGGUGAAGCAGCGGCGUCAGGGACAGGAGCGAACGAAGCAGUACAAGAAACAGCAACUAAAUGAGAACUUCCGAAAACUGCAACGGCAAAAGGACUUGAAAAAGAAAGUGUUCAAGGCGAUCAGCAAAAUGGAUGCGAAGAAUGAAGAUAAGCUGAAGAGCGGGAAAAAAUGA